AUGCAUCGCCAUCAGAUGAGUGAGCUCUGUAAGCCCGAGGAAGACCCUCAGGACCCAAGGGAGAACCAGGAACUGGCGGCAGUGCAGCUGUUCAGCCCCGAGGAGGAGGAAGAGGCCAUGUCUCCCUCCCUCUCAGUCCUAUUCCAAGAGAGCCUAAAGGAGGCAGCUGCUGCUGAGACACCAAGUCCUCCCCACAGCUCUCAGGGUGCCUGCCUUCCCCCCGCUGCCGUGGCAGCCUCUCCAUGUAGCCAACCUGAAGAUGAGGGCUCCAGCAGCCCAAAUAAGGAGGGGCCAAGCAGCAGGGUGGGCUCUGAAGAGGCCGAGUCCUCUCUCCAAGGCGCCCUACGUUUGAAGAAGGCUUACCUGGUGAUGUUCCUGCUCCUGAAGUAUUGUGCAAAGGAGCCGACCACAAAGGCAGAAAUGCUGAGUAGUGUCAUCAGAGAGCACCAGGACUACUUCCCUGAGAUCUUCAGCGCAGCCUCUGAGUGCAUGCAGCUGGUCUUUGGCAUUGAUGUGAAGGAAGUGGAUCCCAGCGCCCACACCUAUGUCCUGGUCACCACCUUGGGCCUCACCUAUGAUGGGAUGGUGGGCGAUGGGCACAGAUUUCCCAACACUGGCCUCUUGGUCACACUUUUGUUGCUGAUUGCCGCAGAGGGCGACUGUGCCUCUGAGGAGGAAGUCUGGAAACCCCUGCAUGUCAGGGGGGUGCAUGAUGGGAAGGAGCAUUGUAUCUAUGGGGAGCCCAGGGAACUCCUCACCAAAAUUUGGGUGCAGGAAAAGUACCUGGAGUACCAGCAGGUGCCCAACAGCCAUCCUGCACGCUACCAGUUCCUGUGGGGCCCCAGAGCCCAUGCUGAGACCACCAAGUUGAAAGUCCUUGAGUUUUUGCUCAGGGUUUAUAGAAGGGAUCCCAAUUCCAUCCCAUUCCUGUCUGAAGAGGCUAUGAGUGGUGAGGAAGAGGGGUCCUGA